AUGAGCAACACCGCAUCGGAACUGAGAGGCACACUCCUCUGUGCACGAGGACGGAGGCACGCGUACGAAUGCACUACGUUAUCGAGCUCAAUUAACAAAAACCGCCCACAGACUCUGUUCCCAGACGGCUACAAGCGACCUGAGAUCAAGGUCCCGAAUCUCGUGCUCAGGUUGAGGUCUGAGGAGGUUUUACGGGACAAUUAUAAUGUUCUUGACGUAAUUGACAAUGCAGUCUCCGAUAGAGUGGGAAUUGUGGUGCUUAAUGGCGAAGGAUCAAGUGGCAAAAAGCUAUACGAAGCUGCGUGUUUAGUGAAGUCGGUAAUCAGGGACUACGCAUACUUGUUAAUUGAUGAGCGCGUUGACAUCGCAGCUGCUGUUAAUGCCAGCGGAGUAUUGCUUUCUGAUCAAGAUCUUCAAGCUUUAUCUAUUUAUAGAAGUUUAUCCAAUGUUGAUCUCAAGGUAGAGAUCAUUUCUCAAUCAUAUUGUGUGCCUCCGUGCACGAGAACGGAGGCACGUCGUGCCUCCGUCCCGGCGGUGAGACCUUGCCUCCGUGCACGAGAACGAAGGCACAUCAUGUCAGCGCUUGGAGGCUCUGGUGUCUCGGUGCAGAAUGUGGUUCCGUCGUACAGAGACACAUCGUGCCUGUGUCCGUGUGCACACGGCACCAGUAGAAAGGCAUGCUGGUAUGGAGUCACAUUGAUGCUUUUGUGGACGACGGAGGCACAUUUUGUACAUGGACAGAGGCAUGCUCGUCAACAUAGAGGCACUAUGGUACCUCCAUGGACAGAGUACCUCCGUGCAUGGAGACACAUCAUGCCUCCAUCCACAAGGCACAUUUGUGUGCAUGGUGCACCAGCACAAAGGCAUGCUGGUGUUUCACCAGCACAAAGGCAUGUUUGUGCUUCUAUUGUAUCCAUGAUGGAGGCAACAUAA